AUGGCAACACGAGAGAAGUUCUUGGUGGUCGCCAAUGGUAUAGCUACGGUUUAUUCAUUGUUGCAGUCAGUUCGUUGUGUGAUGGGUUCAAUGAAAGGAAGUGUUUUGCUCAACAAGUCUCUAGCUUGGGCCAUUUUCUCCGGCGAUCAGGCGAUGGCUUACAUGAGUGUGGCGGCUAUAGCAGCAUCAUCAGAGUCUGGUGUGAUUGGAAUAAGAGGUGAGGAAGAGCUGCAAUGGAUGAAGGUGUGCAAUAUGUUUGGCAAAUUUUGUAACCGAGGAGCUGGAGGAGUAGCGAGCGCCAUGCUUGCUUCCUUUGCUAUGGUCUUGGUCUCUCGCAUUUCCGCUUUUAGUCUCUUUCGCUUGUACGGUGCCACCAACCAAAGACCACCAAACCUAGCCGUGGUGACGAAGAAGAAGCAAGAUAAGUUUGAACAUCCCUUUCUCCUGUUGUCUCGAUUUUGGUUUAUGAUGUCGAUGAAAACUGAUGUAGAUUACUAA